GGCGAGACGCCAUUGCCUGGUUACCGUGACGUCACCACUCCACUCCAGAUCCAGGCAGGCUCCAGAGAAGGAAGUUUGUUUUGCUCGAUAGUUUAUCAAAAAUAGGCUGUAUUUGGGACAAUGCUGGCUCGGAGGUAGCGGAAAUACGACAUAAGCACGUUCUACACAGUACCUGUAUAACUGCAGUCCUGUCACCAUGUGGUACUAUUGCUGGCCCCACAGUGUGUACCACCUCAUCCGAUGGUUCCCCAAGACAAACAGGCUGAAGAUCCGUAUUGUGGUGACUAUCUUCACCUGUGCCCUGCUGGCUCCACAAUUCUUUGUGUUGACCAGAGAGCAGAGCACUCGGUACUGUGGGCAGCAGUUGUUUGACCUGCUAGUGGCCUCCAUCGUUUUCACCUUCUGUAUGAUAGGUUUUACGUUCCUGUUUGCGCUGAUGGACCCUGUGCCACGGGAAGUCAAACUGGCUUUCCACGUCUUUGGCCUGGCAUCAUUUGUGCUGGGUUUAAUCUACACAGUACAGACAGCCACUGGGGAGGAAUGUAGAAACAACACCCCAGAGUUGUACUACUUGUCACUGGCCUUCACAAUCAUGGCCAUGAUCACAGCUGCGUUCAUCCUGGUCAUGAUCCCGUUUUGGCUGAUGAACCAUUUCUGGGACCGGUCGGUGCUAGAUUACAGAGAGCGGUCGGGGCUGUGCUACGAGCCUGUCAUGUGUUGCUCCUGUGUCUGGCACGUGUAAUUCAAUCAGGGUUUAUUCAUGGUAACAAUAUGUGCCUUCAUCCCAAGUAAGGGGGGGGGGGGUCAUUAGUGUAACGCUAGUUCACCUUUAUUCGCGGGGUAACCUUUAUCCGUUGUAUUUAACACCAGGGUAUUUAUCAAGUCGAUGAUAUCAAGUCGAUGAACGGUGGUCUCAAACUGCAAUAUAUUGAAAAAAAUGCAAUUUGAAACCACCGUCCAUCAACGUGAUAUCCCUAGGUAUCCUGUUUUUAGGUACAACAGAUAUAGGUUACCCUGCGAAUAAAGGUGAACUAGCAUUACAACAACAAACUCGAAGCUGGGAAACUACCCAAUUUUCUUGUUUUUUUCCCAAUCAUUCCAAUUUUGUGCCACGAGUAAGACCAAGCAAGCCUGAUUCCAUAUCUGAUAUUUCCAAAAGAAGCUUAUCUCAAAUUUGAAAAUUAGAGUAAAAGGAAUGAAAACAACAGAAAAUUCAAACAGAGGACAUUUUUUUUCCAUUGGGUCUUGUCAGAUUUGUAGUUGCCUAACAUUCAAAAGGAAGAUCAAAGUCAAUAUGCAAUAGAUGC